AUGACCAAGUACCCGCCCUACACGCCCAUGUCCUCGCUUGGUCGUGAGUUGGGCAUUAUGUUCGCAUUUAUCGCGGCUUGUUUGGUGACGAUGGGGAUUUAUACAUUUGUCUGGCGAAUCGUCCAACAGAAAAACACCGCCCAAGACCUCGACCGCCGCAAAGCUUUCCACAGCCGCACCGCACCAGCAGCCGAUACGCGGCUCCUCGGCAGCCCGACGACCGGCGGUGGAGGUCGUAAUGAGCGGAUUGCGGAGAAGAUGCUGGAUCGGUAUGCGAUCCCAGAGGAUCGAGCUGAACUGCCUGUCCAUGGGCAGAUGGGCGAGAGGAGCUCUGGUUCUGGGUCUGGAUGGAAUGGGAGCGGGAAUGGGGAGGGGUUUGGGUUUGGGUUUGGGGGUGCUUCUGCUUCGGGGGUGCAGAGGAGGGAUCUUUUGUGA